GUAAAUGUCGUUAUUUUGUCUUAUCCAUAUCUUGAGUAAUGAGCAAUGUACCACAAUGCCGAUAUCGAACACUGGAAUAUACACCGAACGCUAUCCGGCAUUUGACCAUCCCACACCUAUGCACAGGCUAGCCAACGGACUACAUGGGCGUUGUCGGUGUUGGCGAUGACUAAUUUAUGGAUAUCUUUCGGAUACCAUAUACUGUCUUCCAGAACAAUUUUCAUAAUGCUUUUUAUUAUUGCCAAGAUUCAUUGUUUUUCCGGCGAAAAAGUUUUGCUUUAUGCAGCUAAUUGUGGUAAAAAUAAUACGCUGCCGGAAGAGUUACCCUUCAACAAAUUGGAUCACCGUUAUUUUUAUCGAUAUUUACCUGAUUCGCCCUGCGAUGAAGUUGCAGAGUACACUAGUGUUGUACAAAUGAAUCAGACAGAAUAUCGCGUGUUUGUGAUAAUUAUUAACUUCCCGGUUAACUGUCGUGCUGUAACCAUAGUUCGACAAAAAAGACUGUUGCCAGCUAUUAUGUUUGUUGUUGGAUGUGACCAGAUAUCUAAUUACAAUUCAGGGGAUGCGGACAAACUGUCGUCUAGUACCACCCUGAUCCAGAUGACGCCUCCAUCAUGGUAUCCAGCCAAAAUCUUGGAAUACUUGGCAUCCACACCAAAAACCUCAUCGGUGGCCUACGUAACCGCCAACGGCGAAUGUGACAGGACGACCUUUUCACUAUGGCGUUAUUUUGCUAAUUUGUUUCAUGAAUUUGUGGAACUGCCCCGCAAAGGAGCUGCCCAGGAUUUCUCAAUAAAUUCUAACCGUGUAUUCGGAUGCCUUGGUAGUAAAACAAUAUGUGAUCUGCCUGUGAUGAACCAAAAAAGGAGUAUAACGUUAUUUAUUAAGGGUAUAGUGGGGAAAUUCGAUCUGGAAGGCGUCCUGGAGAGUGCUGUUAAUCUUAAAAAGACGAUUAGAGCCAUGUCUGGCGGCAGUGUCUUUGUAGCGGCUUACGAUAACAAUGCCAACCAUACGGAUUCCGAUAUCCAUGCGUUGGAGAUAUCAGAGAGUAAAUCUUUGUCCCUGCAUCUUUUGGAAGUUUUAUCCGCUGACAGGGAAUUUUUGAAGAAAUCUUUGGAAAAUUCCACAAUUUUGAGCCAAAGUUUGCCGAACGGAAGUAACAUCUUCUACAUAAAUUCAAUACACGUCAAACUUCCAAAUUGGAUUUUGGCCGCUGUGAAACUCAACAACGACAGCUCCAUUUUUUUGGAUACUAAAAAGGAUGUCAUCGUGGAGUCAUCUGCGGAAGAGAACUGCAACUUGCCCAGCUGUUUUAAUAUUGCCCAGGGUAUAAAUUUUAAAGUUAUCAGAAAUCGCAGUUCGAAAGAAUCAUCAGAUGAUAAUACUUUAAUGGAAAUCUACUUACCGAUUGGUGUUGGAGCAUUUGUGCUUGUCAUCAUGAUCCUGCUGGUUACGGCCUUAUUGCGAAGGAGUUUAAUUAAGAAGCGGAUAGCUAAAGAAAAGGUCAAAUUCUACAUUGACAACGAAGAUCUGACGCCGAUUAAUAAGCGCUCCAACACAACGCUCUCCGUCAGUUCCGCUACCAAUUCCCGGCAGGCCAACGGGUAUUUUGGUCACGAAGGAGGAAAAUCGUUUGCAUCAUUGAAAACGGCUGACAGUGAUCUGGCUACUGAGCUUGGCUUAGCCAGCGGAGAUAAUUAUGCCAAACUUAAUGGAGACGUGGUAUUCUUGCGGUACAUCCGUACGAAAAACCUCCAGUUGAGGGGCACGGUCAAACAGUUAAUCAGCAAUAUGCGCGAUUUACGCGGUGAUAAUAUUAACGGAUUUUUGGCGUUUUUCGUUGGUUGCCACACACCGUCGUUCCGGCCGCCAGCGGUAGUGUUUGAAUAUUGCUCAAGGGGAAGUUUGAUGGAUCUGAUUGAUAAGGAAGAAAUUAAGCUGGAUUGGUCGUUCAAAGUAUCCUUCCUCAGUGAUAUUGUCCGUGGUCUCAAGAGUAUCCAUAAUAGCUCAGUUAGGUUUCAUGGCCGAUUAACCUCGCGAAAAUGUGUCAUAGACACGCGAUGGACCCUGAAAAUUACCGAUUACGCCAUUAAUCGGCUAGAGUAUUUGCAAAAUAACGAAAAAACGGGCAUUUUUAUGGCGGAUGAGCAUUUGUACUGGACGUCACCGGAAAUGCUGCGCAAUGAUAUGCUAAUGCGGGAAGGCACGCCGAAGGGUGAUAUCUACAGUUUUGCCAUUAUCAUGCAGGAGCUCAUACUCCGUGGGCGGCCGUUUUGCACGUCGGAAUUGACCGCCUCCGAAGUGAUACAGAAGGUCCGACAUCCACCGCCACUUCUCAGACCACAUGUGCCUAAUCAAACAGCACAGCCAGAAGCAAUUAUGAUCAUGAAGGAAUGCUGGUCAGAAAAUCCCGAAAUGAGACCAUCAGUCGAUGAGAUUAUAAAUAAAUUCAAGGCACUAAACCAGGGACGCAAAACAAAUAUUGUGGAUUCCAUGUUUGCAAUGCUGGAAAAGUACAGUAAUAAUCUCGAAGAACUGAUCCAUGAGCGUACAGAGGAAUUAAACGAAGAGAAAAAGAAAACGGAGCAACUACUUUAUCGCAUGAUGCCACAAACGGUAGCAGAAAAGCUGAAAACCGGACAGCCUGUUGAACCGGAAACAUUUGCUGAAGUUACCAUUUACUUCAGCGACAUCGUCGGCUUCACAACCAUCUCAGCCUACAGCACACCAAUGGAGAUUGUCAACCUGCUAAAUGAUCUCUAUUCGUUAUUUGACACGACGUUGUCAUUCUACGAUGUUUACAAGGUGGAAACUAUCGGUGAUGCCUACAUGGUAGUAAGUGGACUUCCGGUCACCAAUGGAGACAAACAUGCGGGAGAAAUUGCGACGGUUGCACUGGAAUUACUUCAUCAGUGCGGAAGAUUUAAAAUUCGCCAUUUAUUUGAAGUGCCACUUUUCUUACGGAUAGGCGUACAUACUGGUUCUUGUGCGGCUGGAGUUGUUGGAUUAACCAUGCCUCGAUACUGUUUAUUUGGGGAUACCGUAAACACUGCAUCUAGAAUGGAAUCUACCAGUCGCGCUUACCGUAUUCAUCUAAGUGAUACAGCUCAUAAUUUGCUGGAAAAACUUGGUGGUUACCAAAUGCAGUUCCGGGGAGUAACGCAAAUCAAAGGAAAAGGCGGUAUGAAUACCUACUGGCUUUAUGGAAAAGAUGGAUACGAUAAAGUUCUUCCUGAACCGGCGCCGGACACAGGAGAAAAUCAUGGCAUUGAUGAGAAGCUUGUGAUCCGUGGACGCGAACUACAGAAACUGCGGGAUGCGGAGGCCGAAGCACACGACAACGACAGCCAGAAAGCGGAUCAUCAUGUUGAGAUCACUCGCAGGGAAAGUGCAACCAGUAGGGUUACCAUGAAAUUGUGAAGAAUGAUAGUAACCGGUUCUAUAUCGUAGCUCUAUGAUACAAAUGCCCUAUUCCAAAGGGUAAUCUUCUAAUUUUUUUACAAAUAGUGCCUGUUGUUUUAUCUUUAAUGUAAAGUUUUCAGCUGGAUUUCAAAUCGUCAGUACUGUGCUUACAUGUCAGCUCAUUUGUAUAUUAACACAUUUAAGUUCAGCAACAUGUUUACGGUUAUUUCUAACAUUUCUAGUUUCGGGAUUUUGUAAUCUCAAGGCAGGCGAUUG